AUGGCUGUGGUACCGCGGAACUUUCGGCUUCUGGAGGAGCUUGAAAAAGGCGAGAAGGGCUUUGGCAAUGGAACCUGCUCGUACGGCCUCGCCGAUGCGGAGGACAUUAGUAGGUGCUUUUCGCUCACGGCAGCCAUGUCGACCUGGAAUGCGACCAUCCUAGGCCCGGCGAACUCGACGUACGAGAACCGUAUCUACUCGCUCAAGAUUGUUUGUGGCGACAAGUACCCCCAGAGCCCGCCGCAGAUCCACUUUCUCACGCAGAUCCAUUUGCCGUGCGUGAAUGCCCAGACGGGGCAGGUGACGCCGCAGGCGUUUCCGCCGCUCGCGUCGUGGCGCAGCGACUAUACGAUGGAGAGCCUCCUGGUCGAGCUGCGCCGGAUGAUGGCGGCGCCGGCAAAUCGCAAGCUGCCGCAGCCGGACGAGGGUGCCAUGUACGCCUGA